UUGGCUUACCAGUCACGAUACCACUCGGUUGGGAGAGGCGCGUGUGUUGUAUCUGUUCUGCUACGUUCGACACGAGCUGUCUUUGCUCCGUCGCGUCUGGCACGUUGUUUUGGAUUGUGGUGUGCUUCUUUUUAUCGCUUCGUGCGGUGUGUUUGAUUACAUCUGAUCGUCUGUCCCGUGUGAUGCCAAUUACAAGACGUUGGAUUUCCCAAGCUAAGCUGACCCCAUGAGACACGGAGAGCGGAGCAGAAGUGUUCUACAACCUAGGUGACGGGCAGGACACCUAACCUUCCUAUGGGUAACCCACACGAGGCCUCUGUGUCCGGGGCCGGCGACGCAGCCGAGUCCACUCCUCCAACAGGGGAUGCCUCCGUGUUUCACAUAUCGGGAACCCCGCUCUCAACAACGGCGCCCGUCUUGCCUGCGACAGGAGCUGUCCUGACAACACCGCCGACAUCACACCGAAGGUUUCCGUCCGACACAGGGUCACCGUUGUCUGAAACUGCUGUGACCGUUAACACCGAUGGAGACAGUAACAAUACCAGGAGUCAGCCGUCCGUCAGGCAGGAUCCAAAUGAAGAGAAUGGACCAAACGCACACGACCAAAGAGAUGAAGAGGGGACAUUACGAAGCUACCGCGGUGUCUGGGCACAUGACAUCUUCACUGUCUUUGCAACAUUUUCCAGCAUAUUCGGCUUGUUUAACCUCACAAGGUUCGCACUGCUCACAUAUAUUUAUAAAGCGUGUUUCCUGUUCGAGUUUCUUGUUCUGUCAGCAAUAUUCGGUAUACCAUUCCUCUAUCUUCAGAUGACCCUAGGGCAAUACUUGGGAUCUAGCAUCCUAAGCAUGUGGUAUAUUUCGCCCGCGUUUAAAGGAGUUGGAUUCGCAUUUGUCAUUGUGUACUUCCUCUGUGGCAUCUACUUUCCAGUGCCAGUGUCAUGGCUUUUCUUCUAUUUUCGCGAUUCCUUCAUUAAAGCCAGAGAUUCGUACAAGUGGUCCAUAUGCCAAGCGAGGUUUGGCUACGGAGGUUGCUACAAGAGCAAUUCAUCAUCACCAGAGUUCCUAGGGUGGACGACAGCGUCAUACUUUCACGGUAGGGUGUUAGACAGAAGGCCAGCGCUGCAGGCAAAUGGUAUAGGCGAGAUCAAGUUUGAGCUGGCAUUCAACCUUGGUAUCAUCUGGCUUCUGAUCUUCAUCGCUCUCAGUAGAAGCCUCAAGUCAUUUGGAAAGAUUCUCCUAGUGAUGGGACUGCUUUCCCUUUGCCUGCUUGUCUUUGUUACUAUCCGUAUGACCGAACAGUGGGGAGCAGGCAUCAUUCACUUGUUUGUAGCUGACUGGAGAGGCAUUUUGGGAGACACAACGUCUUGGAUAAUGGCAGCACGUGAAGUUUUCAUGACUUGGGGACUCUUCGGAGCUCUUGCACUGCAUCAGUGUAGCCACAACAAAAUCACUGCCAACGUUACAAGGACAAUGAUCUGCGUUGCUUCACUAGUCUGCACAGUGUUAGUGCUGGCAUCAUCACUGUUUGCUAGUAUGGUCCACCUUUUGUACACACAUGGGAUGAUUCUAGUCAGCUCCACAUUUGAGGAGGAGUCCACAAUACGAUUUUUGCAAUCUUUUAACGGAUCAUGGACGCCCAUGUACAACUCCACCGCAGUGAACUUGGUUACUGGGGUGUUACUACAGACCUCCAAGACGCACAAUCACCUCAGUGGGUAUCAUAUAUCCAGACUGGCAUUCGAAGUUUUUCCAGCAGCCCUGUCUGCCGAAAGUGGGAGAAGCAUAUCCCCAUUUUGGCCAAUCUGCUUCUAUGUAAUGCUGGCAGCACUGGGAUUGAGUCAACAGAUGUGCAUUUGGAGUUGCAUCGUAGAUGCCUUUGUUGCUGUUCGGCCAAAACUACUUGCCAAGUGGAGAACCAUAGUUACGUUUGGUGCCUGCAUAUUGGGUUUUCUCUGUGGCCUUUUCUUCACAACUGAUGCAUGUUUACAAGUAAUGCUUUUUGUAGAUGUAUGGUUAGGAUCACUUUGGUGGAUUGUUGCCUUGUACUUUAUCAUGCUGGUAGUGGUGCUAUUUAUUCAAGGAAAACCCUUUGGCACAGAUAAGCUAGUCAGGAUGAUAAUCCAGGAAGAUUCUCAGCUUUCCGUCUACCUCCCCGUACUUACAUUUCACUGGAACGUGUUACUGCCAAUUUCAUUCUUGAUGUUAUCAAUAAUUUUCAUGAGGUCUGGCCAUCUGUCAAUGUUCUCGCCCGAGUCGCUAGGCCUGUACUACCGAUACUGGUCACCCUGGGUAGGAUCUUUUUGUGUGCUACUGCAGACGCUCCCCUUGCUGUCCGUAGCAGUGGUAGCUGUUGCUCAGGGUCUCAAGAUAGUUGUUUUCAACAAGACGCCUAACCAGACUCAUGAGCGCAUUGAAUCAUGGUGCUGCCCUACGUUUGUUACCUCAAACGCUGCAAGCACGUCCUCCCUGACGCCUGAAACAACACAAGGUGUAUCAAAUGUAGCAUUUGAAGAAGAUGUUCCUCCGAAGUACUCUCCGCCGCCCUCUUAUUCCACUGCAACAGCGCGCAUGCUUCUCAAGGAACUGCGUGUGACAGAGCCAACGGCCAGUGGAAGUAGAAUCUUUGUCACACAGGGGUCAGAAAAAAAUAACCUUACCUUCCACAUGGGAUCGGCAAGUCUCAUACGGUCACCUAGAUUCAAGGACAACUCUUCAGAAGCUUGAAAUUGGCUUGGGGUGGGGGUUCAGUAUUUUAAUCUAAUCUAAUCUAUUUUGUCUAAAUCAAACAAAUCAUUAGAAGCAACAUUGCAUUGGAUACAUGCUGUUUAAUUCCUUUUCUGAGGUUAUUUUGUUUCUUGUUAAGACCAUCAUACGCACAUACAAUUGUUCAAAAUGAAGCUUUCACGAGUGCUACACAAACACAACGAUGACAGGAAACCGGAUGAAAACUUUACGCUACUUGUGUAGGAAACAGGUGCUGCUAAUUAUGUAGCACCCGUUUCUUACUCAAGGAACGUGAAGAAUAGCACCAGUUUUCUUUUGUUCGCCUAUUUAUAAAGUGCUAGUGAAAGCUUAAUUUUGAACACCCUGUAUAUGUGUGCAUUUUGUACACGUUUCACUUUGUCUUCUUUUUGGAGAUGUUGAACCAGACUGGCUUCCUGCUACGGAAAGCGUGCAUGGUCUGAUUUUGAAGAAUUGUGCUGCACUUGUCGUUGGCAAUCACUUUAUUUAGGUUGAUAAAUGAGCUCGAGAUCUACAAUGUGAUCUGCAUAUGUACAAACCCUUUGACUAAGCUCUGAGAGCUUUCUGUGUACAUGCUGUGAAUAGAUGCUUAGAUAGUGAUAUAUGUAAUAUGUGACCCUUGGGACCAACUGUGUGCUUGUUUCUGUUGCACAGGACACAAGUAGUGUAAAUGCCCGUAGAGUACUUGAGGACUACAGCCUGCUUUGCAGGACAAUAACUCCAAGUGUUUGAUGGAGUAGUUAUGCAGUUGUGAUGCAUGAACUUUACGCCUAGCAAUUUUACUUUGUUGACUGUUGAUCAGUGAAUACUUUCAGGAAACUAGGCAAGUGUAUUUAUUUUUAAUUGUUGCAAUGCAGGACUUGCACAAACUUUAGAGUGCUCAGUCAUGACCCACCAAAAUGUCACAGUUUGGUUGUUUAGACAGUUUUUUUUUCAUUGCCUUUUUUCAUGUAUUAUAUAUUUUCACACAAGCGUGGUGAGAUAAUAAAUCAUUGUCCGCAUGGCAUAA